AUGUGGGAGAUACGUGCGAAAGAGCUAAAUAAUGAAGGCAUUCGUACCUAUGGUCCAGGAAACAAGAAUUUAGGAAGUAUUAAAAUCCAGUAUGGGGGUCAGCUUAUAUCAACUCCAACCCCAACAUAUUACGGUGGUGACUUUUCUAUGGUUGAUAAGGUAAGGUUGACAACCAUCAUUCUUAUGGAUGUAUAUUGCAUGGUUGAGCGGUUAGGGAUGCGUGGAAUGGUCCAUUUGUAUCAUGUAAGUGAGUAUAAAAGUGAUGAUUCAGAAUGUAGCAUUGGAGAUUGGAGCGAAAAGGAUUCUGAAUAUGAUGAGGCUGAUGAUGAUAAAUAUUAUGUGGAUUUUGUGGCCAGUUUAUCAAAAUCAAAGGCAGUUGAGCCAUAUAUUGGUAGUGGAGAAGGUCUGAAAAAUGGAAAAAUGAAUGACAACAGUUGUGGUGUAUGUAUAAAACACGGAAAAGACAAGGAGAAGGAUAAACUUGAGAUUGUUUAUACAGGGGCUGGGGAGCAAGAGACUCAUAGUGAUGGAGAAGGUGAAGUGGUACCAGAUUCUGAAGAUGACUUUGCUAGUUUACAUGGGUCAGAUGAGGAUAAUGAAGAUGUUCUUCCAACUUUAGAUCCUGCUAAGGAGUUGUUCAACCCAAACCUAUAUUGUGGUUUAUACUUAAAUAGUUUGGAAGAGGCUAAAAUUGUCAUAAGGAGCUGGAAUAUUGCUCGGGCCAGACCUUGGAGAUUUGAGAAAAUGGAUGAUAGAAGGGUUAGUGCUUUUUGUCCUGAACCUGAGUGUCCUUGGCUUAUCUAUGUGACCAAAAGCACAACAGAUCAUUCAGUUAGGAUAACUAAAUUUGUUACCAAACACACUUGUGAGAUAUUGCGCAACAAUCCCAAGAUAACAUCAGGAUGGGUGGGUCUAAGGUGUGUUGAUAUUUUGAAGGAAAAUCCUAAUAUUAAGCCAAGACAUUUUAAGGAACAAGCACAGACCAAACAUCAUUUUUGGUUGACUGAUAAUCAGGCUGGGCACAAUGCAAGGACAUGCCAAAAUAAGGUUGCAGGAGAACUCAAUGAAGAACAUAAUUUAAAGUCUGCCUCCAUUGAUGCUGAAACUUCAAAGAUUCAAGAUGAUCCAAAGAGGAUUGAGAAAAGGAAUCACAAUCAAAAGGGGAUGAACUUGAAAAAACGCAAACAAAGAGCAAAUGAGGAAUCACAUCCCAAAGAGCAAAGAAAGAAGGUAAGAGUGAAAAUGCCUGAUUUCAGUACCAUUAACGAGCCCCCAGUUGAUAUGAGUAACCAUAUUUUAAAGUACGACUCCAUUCCUGUGGAAGUUUCAAAGAAUCAAGAAUGCCCAACUACCACCGUUUUGAGCAUGUCACAAGUUAAGAAUACUGAUGCCAAAAUCCCAGAAAUCAUAAUUAAACGGACGAGAGAGGAGUCUAGUUCAAAAUUCUUUGAUGAGAAGACUAGUGCUGAAAAAAUGAUAGCAAGUGAACUGCCAAACUCAAGGAAGACACUUAAAUCUAAUGCAAAGUUGUGCUCAGACUUAGAUAAACAUGAAGGGAGAAAAGAGACACUUCCAGAUCGUUACAAACCAGACAUAGGUUUGCUUUUGAAGAAUGGCAUGCGUGUUCCAGAGUGGAUGCAUCUUUUUGACUUCGUGACAGACCAAAAUGAUAAUGCUUCUGCACCAAUUCAAUCUGCAGCUGUAACAUCUGGACCAAAACAUACUGGUGGAUAG